AUGGGUAAUUAUGCAGCAGCUCUUAAAGCUGUUCAAAAUGCUUUUCAAAUUCAACGACAAGCAUUUCAAGAAGGUAAUCCAGAUUAUGCCUUUACUUACAAUCGCUUAGGAAGAGUUUAUCGUGGUAUGAAAGAUUAUUCAAAGGCACUUGAGUAUUUUGAAAGAGCUCUUGCACUACGUCAGCAAACAUUACCUGAAACACAUCCUAAUCGGGCUAUUACAUACGCAGAUAUUGGUGAUAUUCAUCGAUUGAUGGGUAAUUAUGAAUUGGCACUUUCAUUUCAACGGAAAGCGUUAAAUAUUCAAGAAAAUGUUCAAUGUAGUCCUCUGGAUCGUGCAACGACAUAUAUGAAUUUAGGUGAAACUUAUCGAGAAAUGAAAGAUUAUUCAACAGCCUUGACAUAUUUUCAGAAAGCAUUACAAAUAUAUGAAAAUAAACUGCCAAAAAAUCAUCCUGAUUUGGCUCUAAUCUAUCAUAGUUUAGCGAAAUUAUAUUUAGCUACUCAACAAAAUAGUAUGGCAAUAAAAAAUGUUCAACAAGCAAUAGAAAUCAGUGAAGAGAAAUUGUCUUCAAAUCAUCCUAAUCUCUUGGACUAUAAAAACACAUUUGAAAAAAUUCGAGGAAAAUUGUAA